AACUCCCCACAGUGCCACUGUCUCAAAGUAGAUUUUCCCUUCCUCUUCUUAACAAGCAAAGAUUUAACAGCAAAACCUUCUUAGAGAUUCUUGCUUGCCAUUCCCCAAAGGAAUUGCUGUAUCUGGGGCAGCAGGAAGCCAGGCCUUGUGCAGUGUGCUUUAGAGAUGCUUCCUUUGGGGACUGGCUCCUGUGAAAUCCACGGCUCCAGUAAUGUUUCCAGAGCUGUAAGGUGAAAGAACAGCCCAGAAAGUGACCCACAUCCAAAACAUUAAUGAUUUCUGCUGCUGGAAGUCUGACAGGUCGAGCUCUGAGUGUGCAGAAGAUCAGGGGUAUAAAAGGAUUUUCACUAACAGCGUGAAUGACAGAGGAGGUGCCCCCGAGUGCACUGACGGAUGUGAACCUGCGCCUGCUGUGCCACGAUGACAUAGACACGGUGAAGCAGCUCUGUGGAGACUGGUUCCCAAUAGAGUACCCUGACUCAUGGUACCGAGAUAUCACUUCCAACAAGAAGUUCUUUUCCCUCGCAGCCACCUACAGAGGCUCCAUCGUGGGGAUGAUAGUGGCAGAGAUCAAGAGCAGGACCAAGGUGCACAAAGAGGAUGGAGAUAUCCUAGCUUCCAAUUUUCCUGUGGACACUCAAGUUGCUUACAUCCUAAGUCUUGGAGUGGUGAAGGAGUUCAGAAAACAUGGAAUAGGUUCCCUCUUGCUUGAGAGUCUGAAAGAUCACAUCUCCACCACUGCCCAGGACCACUGCAAAGCCAUCUACCUGCACGUGCUCACCACCAACAACACAGCAAUAAACUUCUAUGAAAACAGAGACUUUAAACAGCACCACUACCUGCCCUACUACUAUUCCAUCCGAGGGGUCCUCAAAGAUGGCUUCACCUACGUCCUGUACAUCAACGGCGGGCACCCCCCCUGGACAAUCUUAUAUCCUUUCCCUGCAGGCUGCUGAGAGAGGCCAAGCCCUGGUUUGGGUUAACAGCAGAGUGUGGGUAGAUGUGGGAACUGAAACCUGCUCAGAUGUGGGCUUAAGCUGAAGCUGGAAGGAAGAUGUUAGAGUUAUUUGAUGUAGGAUGGUUGGAGUGAGUUGGAUGCCAGUGAGAGAGAGUGCUGGUGUUAGGCCAAAGUUCUGGGUGUGCUUUGGCUUGUCGGUAGCAGGAUUUAGCCAUGAACAGGGCAGAGAAACCCUUGGUCUUGCUUCCUGUGACCUGGGAUCCCCUGUGAGCCUAGGUUGGCCUGGAUCUCAGCAGGCUGCUCCCACAGUGACUUAGGGGAUUUGUUUCAGGUCAUUGGAUCAUGGAAAAGAAACUUGAUCCUUCCUGGGUGUAGCUGGUCAGUUCCAGCCUCCCUGGGCAGGGGGAUGGAUUGCUCUCCUCACAGGAUCUUCUGUGGAGUACAAAGGGAACUGCUUAGAGGAGAUAUUUCCCACACCAGCUGGAGCUGCCAUUCCCAAACUGCCAUCCUUUACAGGGCAGAGCAGAGCUGCUUUUGACAGAAAGGUGAAGGCAGUGAUUGCAAGGAGGAGACCUGACUGAGCUGAGCAGCUUCCACUGUGUCGGAGUCCCUGCAGGAAGGGCAGCUCCAGGAGUGAUUGAUGUUCUUUGUUAAGUUACAGUGCUAGUGUUGCUGUCCUUAACUGGUGGCCACUGACUACCUACAGCACAUUGGCUCCACUCUAGCCAGCCUGAGCCCGUGCUCCAUCCCCCAGAGGAUAUACAGACAAGCCCAGAGCCUCCUCUGCAGCCUCCUGCCCUGGUCUGGCAUUUCUGCCAAGAGCAGCAUCGAGUACAGCCGGACAAUGUGACGGACUGGGGGCGCACAGGAAGCGCAGGAUAGUUUCUCCUUCCACCUGACACCUGGCUCUGCACUGGUUCCAGUGAUGACAGCUCUUGGCCGGUGACCCAGCCCCCGGAUGGGACUCCCUGUUCCACAGGGCCUGACCUUUGGUAGAACUUCACCCUGGGGCUGCAGCCCCGGCUCCCCACGUGGGCGGGGCGGGCCUGGCCGUGCGACAGCCGCGGGCCCUGGGCGUCACCACUCGGUGUGCAUGCUGCACUGUCCCCGCCGCUUCCCUCGCCUCGGUCUGCUCCUCCCCGUACCCGCCAUGUCGGGGGGUUCAGCUGCUGCUCCCGCUCCAUCCACAGCUGCUGAGAGCAGCUGAGGGAGGUUCAUGGGUCUGCACUGAGGAACCACUUAAAUGGACUGGGAGAGCCCUGGCUGCCAGGGCAGAGGCUGCCCUUGCUGCUGGGGAAGGGGGCAGCUGGGGCAGGGGAAAGGGAGGGAUAGGAAUCAUGUUUAGGUCCUGCCACAUCAGCUGCUGGUGCGUCCUGUGGUAACUUCCAGGGAGAGCAACUGCCUCGCAUGAGAAACUGCCCAGCCCCACCAGCCCUCUGGAGUGAUGUAAAAAGCAUAUAAUUCAGGAUGCAUAAAGUAGAAGGCAGGGAAUGAAAUUGCUAUUUCAUAGUGAAAUAUAUAUGUAUUAUACUGUAUAGACCUUUCUGCCUUUGUCCAGGAUGGAAUGCAGGGGAGGGGAGCUGGGAGUGUAGAGUCUGGUCCAGAGCCCUUCUUCCCUUCCUAGGCACCAGGCUGGACUUUGCAGGAUCUUGAGGGAUGGGAUGUGUGCACAGCCCACAACAGCUUUCCCUUGCUGAGGAAGGAGCCCCAGCCGUUCAGUGUCCUGCCUUGGGCUGUGGUCUGGGCACCUCUGGGCUGUGCUGGGCAGUCUUUCAGUGGCUGCCCUGUCCUGUCCAGGAGCCUCUGGGCUGUGCUGAGUAGCUCAUGUGCAGCCAGGCCAGGGCCCUGCUAUAUUCCCAUGGCAAAUUCCUCUCCCCUGGCCAAGGCUCUUCCUCUGCUCAGCACUGUGUUCCUUAUUCCAACCUCAUUUUUUCUCUGGGACUGGAGCAGAUGGAUCCAUGCCAGAGCAGGGCCUGGAUGGGCUGGCACUGGCAGCUGUGGCAGGGGUUGGGCAGGCCCUGGGGGUGACACAUGGCUCAGGCUGGGCCUUAGAAGAGCCAACAAGCACCUUGCAGCCUGGAUGGGCACAGAAAGCCCUGUCAGUGACCAGCCCCGGGGUGGGAGCUCACUAAUAAAAGGAUGCAGGAGAUAGGCUGCUGUGACUGGUGCCAGGCUGGAGAGCAGGCAACCUCAGGGGCUGGCACAUUUGCUGUCUGGGAGCUGCACUAGGCUCUUCUGGGAGGUGCUGGUCCUUCUGGGGCUCGAAGACAAGGUAAAAGGGUGUUUAUGAGGAGGCAAACAGGGCAGUGAAGGCAAGCCCAGCCUCCAAGGUGCCAGAGCUGCCCUCAUAGUGGGCCUCUUCCAUCCCAUGUCAUCUCUGGCUCCCCUCUAGUUCAGCAGUGCCAGUGGCACUGGGCAGGCAGAUCCUUCCCCAGCCCCAGUGCCUCCUCAGGGCCCCUGAGACCCUUCCAGCCUCAGUUGUUACCACUUUGGGGUAUUUUUGCUUAUCCACUUUUACUUAACUCAUCUGUUGGUUGAGUUUCUUUAGCAGCCCAAGGCCCUUUUUUUCUCAGCACUUGCUUUCUCCGGACCAGAAUGAAGCUGUUCUCUCCUGAUUGCCUGGGGCUGAUGUGUGUCUGUGUCCCCACUUUCUCCCCUGCUCCUUGCACAACUCCACUACUCAAGCACAUCCCAAGGGAGCUGUGACUGGUCUGUGUGUCCUACCACCCUGUCCUGAGGUGUCAGCCCUGUCCCCACCUGAGCCCAUUAUUUAUUGAAGCACCUCUCGCUAAACAUCUUCAAUUAAACCAAACCUCUUUUUUGA